AUGAAGAUCGAAGUGAAGGCCACGAGCAUUGUAAAGCCGGCGGAGCCAACUCCCAGACACAAUCUGUGGGUCUCCAACCUUGAUUUAGUCCACGUAAGGAUUCAUAUGACGACUCUGCAUUUCUACAAACGCAUUGAUAAUGGCGGCUCGGAUUUCUUCGACUCAGACUUGGAAAGAGAUAAGAAUGGUAGGGUUGAGAUAGUGUGUAAUGAAGAUGGAGUUCUGUUUGUGGAGGCCGAGUCGGACUGUGUUAUUGACGAACUGGGUGAGUCGAUUCAGACUUCUCCACUUCCUCAACUCGUUCCCCCCGGCGAUGAUGGUGAUUUGAAUCUCGACAUUUCUUCUUUCCCUCUUCUUCUGGUUCAGUUGACGCGUUUCAAGUGCGGAGGGGUUUGCCUGGGGAUCGGCUUGCACCACAUACCUGUUGACGGUAUUUCCGCCAUGCAAAUCAUCAAUUCAUGGGCUGACGUGGCACGAGGCCUCCCUAUCACCAUCACGCCCUUUAUUGACCGUACAAUCCUACGCGCCCGGGACCCACCUUCUCCCACUUUUAACCACCCAGAAUACGAUCCACCUCCUUCCCUAAUUACCGCUAAACAAAUCGAUCAAUUCCAGUCUAAUUCCACGUUUGUCGUCAGUGUCACGCGUGACCACCUCCAGCGUUUAAAGGCCCGAGCCAUCGACGGCGGUAAUAAAGCCAAGUACUACACCACCUACGAGAUCUUCGUAGCGCACACGUGGCGCUGCGUCAGCAAAGCACGUGGACUCGCCGCUAACCAAGCAACGAGGGUCCACGUGGCAGUAAACGGACGGUCGCGAUUGUUCCCUCCUCUCCCGGAAGGUUAUGUCGGCAACGUGAUUUUUCACAUGAACAUUCCUGCUUUGGCGUGUGAGCUCGAAUCGGAGCAUUUGUCGGAUACGGUUCAGAGGAUUCAUGGAGCGAUAAAGAAGAUGGACGACGGGUACAUGAAAUCAGCGCUCGAUUACUUGGAACUGCACCCGAAUCUUGACGCUCUGGUGCCGAAGAAGGGGAACGAGAUAUAUAGGAACCCGAAUUUAAGUAUCGUGAGCUGGAACCGGUUGCCGAUGGACUCCGACUUCGGGUGGGGUCCGGCGAUGUACGUCCGACCCGCAAGCAUUUAUACGGAAGGUAAAGGUUACUUGCUGGCCAGCCCAAGAAACGACGAGAGGGGUUUCCUGUCGCUGGUUUUAUGUCUGGAAACCCGCCACGUCCAGGAUUUCAAGAAGCUUUUUUAUGACGUCUAAAUUUAAAUUCAAUUCUUUUUUGAAAAAUAAUAAUUAAUAAAAAAAAAGCCAUGAAUAAAGAUGCUUGCAUGCAUGUUUGUGCUACGAGUUUAUCAGAAAGAGAGUUUGAUAUUG